CAGAGAUCAGACUUAGGGACCUAGUCCUCAGGACACUGUGGCCUCCAUUUGCUCCUCUCCACAGAUUCAGGAUCUCCAGGUUGGUGUCUGAAGGCCUGAGAGCAAAUCUAGAGGGCAGAAUUUGGAAGAAAACACUCUUUGUUCUGUCACUCAGGUACCUGAGCAGAAGUGUCAGGAGUACAGAGAGACAGACUCAGCAUCACAGCAACAAUGGCCUCAUCAGUCCUGGGGAUGGUCAAGGAGGAGGUGACCUGUCCUAUCUGUCUGGACCUCAUGGUGGAGCCUGUGAAUGCAGAUUGUGGUCACAGCUUCUGCCGAGCCUGCAUCACACUGAACUAUGAGUCCAACAAACACAGAGAAGGGGAGGGCAUCUGCCCUGUGUGCAGAGAUAGUUACCUGUUUGGGAAUCUGAGGCCUAACUGGCAUAUGACUAACAUAGUGGAGCGGCUCAAGGAGUUCAAGUCCAGCCCAGAGAAGGAGCAGAAGGUGAAUGUCUGUGCAAAGCAUGGAGAGAAACUCCAGCUCUUCUGUGAGAAGGACAUGGUGGCCAUCUGCUGGCUUUGUGAGAGAUCUCAGGAUCACCGUGGUCACCAAACAGCUCUCAUUGAAGAGGUGGUCAAAGAGUAUGAGGGGAAGCUCCAGGUGGCUCAGCAAAAACUGAUGUCAGACAGGAAAGAAUUAGAGAACUGGAAAGAUGACCUUCAAAAGGAGAGAACUACCUGGGAGAACCAAAUACAGAGUGAGGUAGAAAAUGUUCAGAAAGAGUUUAAAGGACUGCGGGAAUUCCUGGACUCCAUGGAGAAGAAUGAGGUGGAGAAGCUGAUAAAAGAGAAGGAAGACAUCCUAGACAUCCUGAAAGAUUCUGAAACUGAGCUGGAGAAGCAGUGGGAGUCAGUGAGAGACCUUAUCUCAGAUCUGGAGCAUCAGUUUGUGUGCUCAACCAUAGAGAUGCUGCAGGGUGUUAAUUGCAUUUUAACAAGGAGUCAGAAUUUAAAACUGAAACAGCCCCAAAUGGCCCCUAGAAAGGAGAGAAAGAUCUUCCAAGCUCCGGAUCUGAAGGGCAGACUGCAAGUGUUUCAAGAGCUCCUGGAUGCCGAGCACCACUGGGUUCACGUGAUCCUGCGUCAACUCAACAUUAAAAACAUUGUCAUUAAUGUGGACAAAAGACAAAUAUCACAUACAAGUGGUCAUGGAAGAAAUUUGCAAGUUUCUGAGUCCUAUGAUUUAGGUGUCCUGGGGUUUCCAGCUCUGCGCUCAGGGAAACAUUACUGGGAAGUAGACGUGUCUAGAUGUGAUGCCUGGCUCCUGGGAAUAAAUGAUGGAAUAUGUGCUAAACCCCAGCUUCCUUCAAUGAAUCAACAAGGCAUCAAAGUCAAAUAUAAAUCUUAUCUUAACCAACAUGUAAAUUAUCAGCCCAAAUAUGGCUACUGGGUUAUAGGGAUGAUGAACAAGUCUGUAUAUAAUGCCUUUGAUGAAUGUUCUGUAACCCACAAGGCCAGUGUCUUGCUCCUCUCUCUGACUCAUCCUCCCACUCGUGUUGGAGUUUUCCUGGAUUGUGAAGCUUGCACUCUCUCAUUUUAUGAUGUUUCCAACCGUGGAGCACUCAUCUAUAGAUUCUGUAAACCGAACUUCCCUAAUGCGGUUUAUCCAUAUUUUAAUCCUAUGGGUUGUUCAGAGCCAUUGACAGUCUGUGGGCCGCCCUCCUAAGCCCUUCCCCAUAUCUGCACAGUGUCACAGGUCUGAUGAAUCUCAUAUGUUGAAGCUCUGUGGGAUCAUUUUAACGUUUUUUUCUGUCUUUGCUUACAGGGACCCAUCAAACUGCCUUGGCCUAGCUGCCUAGAGAGGCAUGAGUCAUAGGUUUUUCAUGUUAGAGUCCGUGGCUCCUGGGGUACACUGUGCCUUCCUAUACCCAAGAGAUAAAUGCACUCAUUCAGGAAUGAAACAUUCAGGCUAUAUUGCAUUCUCUGUUUGUUCCCCCUAAUAGUCAUGGAAGCAUGGAAAUUUGACAGGACAAUAGGUAUUAGGCAUUAAUCUUGAGUACCCUGUGUAACCUGUAAACCUGAAAAGCAAAUUGCAUUGAUCCUGGCAAUUGCCACUAUGAUCUGUUUCUGAUAAAGGUAUAAAAGUCUGAUUGCUCUCAAUA